AUGAUGCUAUAUGUGGCGGAUGACAUGGAUAAUUCGUCAUUACCUGAUCCUAUGUCAUCUUCCAUAGACGUUAAUGUUCCUUCGGAUAGCUCAAACCCCAGUACAUCCCCAGAAUCUAUUGUACAACACUUGUACUCUAAUGGAGAAUUCUGUCGCCUAUGUAGCCAUGUGAUUAAUGAAAGGUUAACUUUCUACAUUGAUAGUCUUCCUUAUCAUUCUCAUUGUCUCCGAUGUGCAGUUUGCUAUUUGGAACUUGGCUUAACCGACCAUGACGUGAACACGCCAUGUGAGUGUGAACUCAAAUGUUUUAUGAAAGAUGGUCUACUCAUGUGUAAAGCAUGCUAUAAUAUGAAGUAUAAAAAAGCUUGUGGACGUUGCAAUUUGAUUCUGAUGCCGGAAGACAUCGUUAUGAGAGCAAAAGACUCCAUCUUCCAUAUGAGCUGCUUCACUUGCUCCGUGUGUGGGAUGAAUAUGCGACCUGGGGAAGUUUUUGGUAUGAGUGCUAUGAAUGAACUCUUUUGUGCAAGUCAUAAUGUUACUUUCCCGCCAUAUACACCGUUACCUCCGCCUGAUACUUCAACCACUGUUCUUUCGGAUACAGUUGUUCCUGUCGUAACUAAAAGGGAGAUGUCUGAGGAACAAGAAAUCAUAGAUGAGGGAUCUCGAUCAAAUAAUAGUCGUUCUAAACGGAUGAGAACAAGCUUCAAGCAUCACCAGCUGAAAACUAUGAAAGUAUACUUCAAUUUGAACCAUAACCCCGACGCCAAAGAUCUGAAACAAUUAGCUCAAAAAACUGGAUUAACCAAGAGAGUUUUACAGGUGUGGUUUCAAAAUGCUCGAGCCAAGUAUCGGCGCUCUAUGCAGUCACGAGACGCGCAAAACCAUUCACCGUCGAUGUUACCGUCCUUGGGUACAUCAAUUGGCAACAGUUCAGAGACUCAUUCAGCCACAUGUAGCACACAUUCUUCGGACAUGUCAACAUCACCCGAGUAUGGAUGUGCGCCAUCGAAUUAA